AUGGCGAGCAGAUCCUUGGUCAAAGUUUUCCUCGACGAAUCUCGUGAUGCACAGACUUCGGUGGAGACUGCGGCCUUUUCGGCCGACAACUUUGUAGCAACACUUAGUACUUCUCAGUUAGAGCAGCACAAUCUGGAUGGAACUAACAACGUGGUCCACCAGCGUGCAGCUAAGAUUCUGGCGAAUCAGCGCAAUGUAGCGCCGUAUACGCCAUCUGAUAAUAGGCGAACGAUGGGCUCGGAUACGUCCGCACUCCCAGACCCGGUUACGUUAUCUAGACCUGUAGUACGGCAAAAUCCGCCGGCUACUCAACCGGACUCAGGGAUAGCAGGGGUAGCAACAGGCAGUGGGGAUGUACCACUAACAGAGGCAGAGAAGGCGCAAUUUGCACAGGUCCAGGAGGAGGAUGCCAUGAGGCAGCGAAUCAGGCAAGAGGCGCGUCUUCUGAUGGCGGAAGAAGCUGCUCGCUUUCGAGCGGAGCCUCUCGCGGCAGAAAGCACGUCUGGCUCGUCAACGAAGGGAUCAACCACGGCGAGCUCAACCUCAGGAUCAGCGCAAUCUUUGAAUGGGGUGCUCCUGGCUUCUAGGGCGUCACGGAUGAUUGACCUGGCAGUUUUGCGUCUAUCAACUGGGAUGUCGGAAGACGUUUCGCAGUUCUGUAUGGUUCUUCGCAACGGCAGCAACAAAGCGUAUGCGGCACUUGCGAUGGUCAACGUCAACAUUAGUAGGGGUUUGCUUGCACAGGAUAUUGCUGAGCCUGCGCUACUGGAGAAAGUCGUGCCUCAUAGCACGUUCUUUCUGUUACUGGGUUUGCUCAGUUGGUUCCAGCAAUCAUGGGCACUUUAUGGCCCAUCCAAGAUUAAAGACAGGGUUAGCACUAAGGUUAAGGCGCGGGUCAAUAACCAGCAGCCAAAGCGCCCGCAGGAUGCUGAAGGCCAACAAGCGGGUGGUGGUGGUGGGCAUAACGGCGGGAAGAACGCCAAAGAAGGAGGUGGUCAGCAGCAGCAACAGCAGCUAACCACUCAGCAGCAAAUAUGA